AUGGCGAAGAAGAAAUUCAGUGGGUUAGAAAUCUCUCUGAUUGUGCUGUUUAUUAUAGUGACAAUAAUAGCUAUUGCUCUUGUUGUUGUUUUAGCAACAAAGGUGCCUGCAGUGGAAGAAAUACAAAGUCCAACAUCAACCCCUAGUGUUGGAAGGUGUCCCAACCAACAAGAUGAUCCUAUCAAUGAGAGAAUUAACUGCAUCCCAGAACAACUUCCAACAAAGGCACAAUGUGAAGAGCGAGGCUGUUGCUGGCGCCCAUGGAACAACACGGUCAUUCCUUGGUGCUUCUUUGCAAAUAACCAUGGCUAUAAUGCUGAGGCAGUAACUACAAAAACUACUGGACUUGAAGCCACAUUGAACAGGAUCUCUUCUCCUACUCUAUUUGGAGAAGACAUUAAUAGUGUGCUCCUCACAACUCAGAGUCAGACCCGUAAUCGCUUGCGGUUCAAGAUCACAGAUCCAAACAAGAAAAGAUAUGAAGUGCCACAUCAGUUUGUAAAAGAUGGUACUGAAAUCCCAACUGCUGACGCGCUCUAUGAUGUCCAAGUCUCACAAAAACCAUUCAGCAUUAAAGUGUUCAGGAAAAGCAACAACAGAAUCUUGUUUGAUACCAGUAUUGGUCCCCUGGUGUACUCGAACCAGUAUUUGCAGAUUUCAACAAAACUUCCAAGUCAAUAUAUUUAUGGCUUUGGGGAACAUAUUCAUAAGAGAUUUCGUCACGACUUAUACUGGAAAACAUGGCCAAUCUUUACACGAGACGAACUUCCUGGUGAUAAUAAUCAUAAUCUUUAUGGGCAUCAAAUGUUCUUCAUGGGCAUUGAAGAUAACUCUGGGAAGUCAUAUGGUGUUUUUCUAAUGAACAGCAAUGCAAUGGAGAUAUUCAUCCAACCAACUCCAAUAAUUACUUACAGGGUUACUGGUGGAAUUCUAGACUUUUACAUUUUUCUUGGAGACACACCAGAGCAAGUAGUUCAACAAUAUCAAGAGCUCAUUGGGCGACCAGCAAUGCCAGCAUAUUGGAGCCUUGGCUUUCAACUGAGUCGCUGGAAUUACGGGUCACUGGACGUAGUGAAAGAAGUCGUAAGAAGAAACCGGGAAGCUGGCAUCCCAUACGAUGCACAAGUCACUGAUAUUGACUACAUGGAAGACAAAAAGGACUUUACUUAUGAUGAAGUUACAUUUAAAGGGCUUCCUGAAUUUGCUCAGGAUUUACAUAACCAUGGACAAAAAUAUGUGAUUAUCCUGGACCCUGCAAUAGCUAUAAAUAAGCGUGCCAAUGGAGCAGACUAUCCAACAUAUGAGAGGGGUAAUGCACAAAAUGUUUGGGUGAAUGAGUCAGACGGAAUUACACCACUUAUUGGACAGGUAUGGCCAGGAUUAACAGUGUACCCAGAUUUUACUAACCCCCAAACCAUGGACUGGUGGGCAAAUGAAUGCGAUAUUUUCCAUCAGCAAGUGGAGUAUGAUGGACUUUGGAUUGACAUGAAUGAAGUUUCCAGCUUUAUUCAAGGUUCUCUGAAAGGGUGUACUCCAAAUGAACUGAAUUACCCUCCUUUUACUCCUGGUAUUCUUGACAAAAUUAUGUAUUCCAAAACCCUUUGCAUGGAUGCUGUGCAGUACUGGGGGAAACAGUAUGAUGUCCACAGCCUGUAUGGCUACAGUAUGGCUAUAGCCACAGAGAAAGCUGUGGAAAAAGUUUUUCCUAAUAAGCGAAGCUUCAUCCUCACCCGCUCAACCUUUGCUGGCUCUGGAAAGUAUGCUGCUCAUUGGCUUGGAGACAACACUGCCUCAUGGGAGCAGAUGGAGUGGUCCAUCACUGGAAUGCUGGAGUUCGGUUUAUUUGGCAUGCCAUUGGUAGGUGCAGACAUCUGUGGAUUUGUAGCUGACACAACAGAAGAACUCUGUAGAAGAUGGAUGCAACUAGGAGCCUUUUAUCCGUUUUCUAGAAACCACAAUGCUGAAGGCUAUAAGGAGCAGGAUCCUGCAUCUUUUGGCCCAGAUUCUCUUUUGGUAAAGACAUCGAAGCACUACUUAACCAUCCGUUAUACUUUACUUCCUUUCCUCUACACCCUGUUCUAUAGAGCCCACAUGUUCGGUGAGACAGUGGCAAGGCCCUUUCUUCAUGAGUUUUAUGAAGAUGAAAACAGCUGGAUUGAGGACACUCAGUUUCUAUGGGGCCCUGCACUACUUAUCACUCCUGUUUUGAAACAGGGAGCAGAAACUGUGAGUGCAUAUAUUCCUGAUGCUACCUGGUAUGAUUAUGAAACGGGUGAAAAAAAGUCAUGGAGAAAGCAAAGGGUUGACAUGUACCUUCCAAAAGAUAAAAUAGGAAUACAUCUCAGAGGAGGUUAUAUCAUCCCCACUCAGGAGCCUAAUGUAACAACAACAGCAAGCCGUAAGAAUCCUCUAGGACUUAUUGUUGCACUAGAUGAAAAUCAGACAGCAAAAGGAGACUUCUUCUGGGAUGAUGGUGAAAGUAAAGAUACCAUAGAAAGCAAAACUUAUAUUUUAUAUACAUUUUCUGUUUCUAAUAAUAACUUGAUUGUUACGUGCACACAUUCAUCAUAUUUAGAAGGAACUGCUCUUGCAUUUAAAACAAUCAGAGUCCUUGGGCUGACAAACACUGUAACAGAGGUUACAGUAGGAGAAAGUGACCAGCAAAUGGCAGCUCAUCCCAGUUUCACUUUUGAUCCUUCCAAUAAGGUUCUAUCAAUUACAGAUCUCAACUUUAAUCUCGGAAAAAACUUUAUAGUUAGAUGGAAUCAACUUUUAUCAGAUGCUGAGAGAUUCUCCUGUUACCCAGAUGUGGGCACAGCAACUGAGGAAGCAUGCGUACAGCGAGGCUGUGUAUGGCAACCGGUUCAAGGGCUAUACAAUGCACCUGAAUGCUACUUUCCUACAGAACACAAUCCCUACUCAUUAAUUUCAACGCAAUAUUUGUCUACGGGUAUAACAGCUGAACUCAAGUUGAAUCCUGCAAAUGCCAGGAUCACGCUUCCAUCUAAUCCCAUCUCCACUCUCCGUGUGGAAGUAAAAUAUCAUAAAAAUGACAUGUUACAGUUUAAGAUUUACGAUGCCAAUCAUAAGAGAUAUGAAGUUCCUGUUCCACUAAACAUUCCAGACACCCCUCAAAGCUCUUAUGAAGAGAGGCUCUAUGAUGUAGAAAUCAAAGAAAAUCCUUUUGGUAUUCAGGUUCGAAGGAGAAGCAGUGGAAGGCUUAUCUGGGAUUCCCGUCUGCCUGGAUUUGCCUUCAAUGAUCAAUUCAUUCAGAUAUCAACACGUCUGCCAUCACAAUAUUUAUAUGGUUUUGGGGAAGUGGAACAUACAGCCUUUAAGCGAGACUUGAAUUGGCAUACUUGGGGGAUGUUCACAAGAGAUCAACCUCCUGGAUAUAAGCUUAAUUCCUAUGGAUUCCAUCCCUAUUAUAUGGCUUUGGAGGAUGAGGGCAAUGCUCAUGGAGUUCUGUUACUCAACAGCAAUGGAAUGGAUGUUACAUUCCAGCCAACUCCUGCUUUAACAUACCGCAUAAUUGGAGGAAUCUUGGAUUUUUACAUGUUUUUGGGACCAACCCCAGAAGUUGUAACAAUGCAAUACCACGAAGUAAUUGGCUAUCCAGUCAUGCCACCUUACUGGGCUCUAGGAUUCCAUUUAUGUCGUUAUGGAUACAGAAACACUUCAGAGAUUAAACAACUAUAUGAAGACAUGGUGGCAGCUCAAAUCCCCUAUGAUGUUCAGUAUACAGACAUUAAUUAUAUGGAAAGACAACUAGACUUCACGAUUGGUGAACGAUUCCAGAAUCUUCCUGAGUUUGUUGAGCAAAUAAGAGGGGAUGGAAUGAAAUAUAUUAUUAUACUGGAUCCAGCAAUCUCAGGAAAUGAAACGCAGACUUACACUCCCUUUGAACGAGGCAUAGAGAAAGACGUCUUUGUCAAAUGGCCUAACACAAAUGAUAUUUGUUGGGCAAAGGUUUGGCCAGAUUUACCUAACAUUGAAAUCGAUGAGACUAUAACAGAAGAUGAAGCUGUUAAUGCCUCCAGAGCCCAUGUGGCAUUCCCAGACUUCUUCAGGAAUUCCACAGCAGAGUGGUGGGCAAGAGAAAUCGAUGACUUCUACAAAGAAAAAAUGAAGUUUGAUGGCUUGUGGAUUGAUAUGAAUGAGCCUUCAAGUUUUGUAAAUGGAACAGUUACAAAUAUAUGCAGAAAUGAUACACUAAAUUACCCACCUUAUUUCCCAGAACUCACAAAAAGAGGUGAGGGGUUACAUUUCCGAACUAUGUGUAUGGAAACUGAGCAGAUUCUUAGUGAUGGAUCAUCAGUUUUGCAUUAUGAUGUGCACAAUUUAUAUGGAUGGUCACAAGUAAAACCCACUCUGGAUGCAUUACAGAAGACCACUGGCCUAAGAGGGAUAGUCAUCUCUCGGUCUACAUACCCCACUGCUGGUCGAUGGGGGGGACACUGGCUUGGAGACAAUUAUGCAAACUGGGAUAAUUUGGAAAAAUCACUUAUUGGUAUGCUGGAAUUUAAUCUUUUUGGGAUACCAUAUGUUGGGGCAGACAUAUGUGGCUUUUUCAACAAUUCAGAAUACCAUCUCUGUGCUCGUUGGAUGCAAGUUGGAGCCUUUUAUCCAUAUUCAAGAAAUCACAACAUUCAGUUUACCAGGAGGCAAGAUCCUGUUUCCUGGAAUGAAACUUUUGCUGAAAUGUCAAAGAAAGUUCUAGAUAUCAGAUACACUUUGCUGCCUUAUUUCUACACACAGAUGCAUGAAGCCCAUGUUCAUGGUGGCACUGUCAUCAGACCUUUAAUGCAUGAGUUCUUUGAUGAUAAGGAAACCUGGGAAAUAUACAAGCAGUUCCUGUGGGGUCCAGCUUUUCUGGUGACUCCCGUCCUUGAACCUUUCAUGAACAAUGUGAAAGGGUAUGUCCCAAAUGCUCGGUGGUUUAACUACCAUACGGGGGAAGAUAUAAAAGUUAGAGGACAAAGUCAAACAUUUCCAGCACCUUUUGAUACAAUCAAUCUACAUGUCCGAGGAGGUUAUAUUCUACCUUGUCAAGAACCUGCACAGAACACAUAUCACAGUCGACAGAAUUACAUGAAGCUCAUCGUUGCUGCAGAUGACAACCACAUGGCACAAGGAACUCUAUUCUGGGAUGAUGGAGAGAGUAUAGACACUUAUGAAAGUAAUCUUUAUACCCUGAUACAAUUCAAUUUAAAUAAGACAACUAUAACAAGCAAAGUAUUGGAAUAUGGGUACAGAAACAAACAUGAGAUGAUACUUGGAAACAUCUAUGUAUGGGGGAAAGGAAUAUCCAUCGUUAAUGAGGUUAAUUUGAUUUAUGAUGGAGUUACACAACUUGUUAAAUUUACUCAAGAUGAAGUCAAGGAGAUACUGACAAUUGACCUGAAAAAUAUGGGUGUUACUCUUGAUCAACCAAUUGAAAUAAGCUGGUCAUGA